GCGAGCCUCCAAACGUUGCCGUCCCAACACACUUUUUUAAAAUAAUCUUGGCCGUUAAAGAAAACGAUAGCGGAAAAUUGCAUGCACUUGGCUGUUUCUUGAUACCAAACCAGCCUAUACCGCAUGAUGAUCCACUUGAAACUUACAUGGUUCCGCUUAAUGCUUUGGAAAGAACUACUGGGUUAAGAUUUUUUGAAAAUCUUAAGGAGGAGACUGUUCCUCUCUGUGAGGCUACAAAAUGUGAACUAAUUCCUCCUCCCAAAUGGAUACCAA